GACCCUGGAGAGCCUGUGUAUGGAGCUGAUCGAGGAGGGAUUACUGAAGGAGAUCCACAACAUCCCAUUGGCUGAUUUUGUGGGAGACUACAGCUACCUGGGGUCCACACUGAUGCAGUCUAACAUUGAGCCCAUGCCAUCGCUCUUCGAUAUCAAACAGCUGAUCACGAUGUACGCAGUGCUGCCACUAGGGUCUCAGACCCUACACGAGCGGGCCCCGCUGGUGAAGUCCAUGUUGUUGGUGGGGCCAGUGGGGGUGGGGAAGAAGACCCUGGUCCAUGCCAUCUGCACCGAGACCUGUGCCACCCUCUUCGACCUGUCAGUCAAUAAUGUGGCCAACAAGUACCCGGGCAAGAGCGGCCUCCACAUGAUGCUUCACCUCGUCUUCAAGGUGGCACGGCUCCUGCAGCCUUCGGUUGUGUGGUUAGGCAGCGCAGAGAAGAACUUCUACAAGAAGGUCCCCAAGGAAGAGAAGGAGUUGGACCCAAAGCGAAUGAGGAGGGAGCUGCCCAAGCUGCUGAAGUCCCUGAAGCCAGAGGACCGGGUUCUGUUGGUGGGGACCACAGAUCGGCCCUUUGACGCUGAGCCCCGUCUCUUCUUCAGAACCUACGAGAGGAUCAUCAUGGUGCCCCGGCCAGACUAUUCCUCCCGCUACGCUGUGUGGAGACACCUGAUCCAGAGUAAGGGAGGGGUGGUGAGCAGUGAGCUGGAUCUCAGCUCCCUGGCCAAGGUGUCUGAUGGCUACACCCCAGGUCGCAUGGUGCAGGUGGUGAACAUGGUGCUGACCGAGCAGCGCCUACGGCAACAGGUCAAGAAACCGCUGACCACCAUUGAUUUCAUCCUGCCGCUCGCCAAGAUGGAGCCCGUCUACCAAGGAGAGGAGGAGGCCUUCAAGCGCUGGUAUAACCGCACGCCACUCGGCAGACAGAGACUGAAGCAGAUCCGGGAGGCGCAGAAAGAAGAGCAGCCGGGAAAGGACAAGGAUAAAAAGGGAAAGAAACCCGGUAAAAAGAAGUAAACCAUUCCCGAAUCAGGGAUCCACUCACUGCACAACUGGGAAUGUACUCCACAAUCAGCAAUCCAAAAUCAGGAAUCAACUCUAGAACCAGGAAUCUACUCCGGAAUUGGGAAUCUGCUCCAAAACCGGGAAUCCCAAAUCAGGAAUUUACCCAAAUCCGUAAUCAGGAAUCCACUCCAGAAAUGGGAACUCACUCCAGAAUCAGAAAUCCACAACAGAUUUGGCAAUCCCAUCCUGAAUUCAGAAUCUACUCCAGAAUUGGGAAUCUACUCCGAAUUCCUGACUGAAUGAUGAGUGGAGGGCGGAGGGGGAGAUUGAGCCUCGACACCCUGAACUCGGAGUGGAUCUGAAUUUCUGAGCCCAGGAACAGGUCUAGAACAUUUUUGUAUUAAACACACUGUUUGGAGAUUAAAAAUUUUUUAGACC